AUUCUACACUGUGAAGAUUGUGUUGUUUGAGAGAGUCACAGAGGCACAGAUUCACCACCAACCCUCUUCUCUCUCUCUCUACACAUUCCUUUUCCUUUCCUCUCGCAUUCUCCGCCGUCACAUUAUCUUAUUCAUUUUUUUUCCAUCACUACCCUUUUAUCGAAACACCAAAAGGGUUUAGUUUCUCACAAGCUUUUGAUUAAUGGGUUGGAAACAAAUCACCAAAAAAAAUCUCUUUGAUGAUAAAAAAGAUGGUUUUUUCUCAAUCUCCAAUUUAGGUUCUCAAUGGGGUCAUCAUCAUGAAGAAGAACAGGUGUACCCUAUUGGUGGUUUAUUUGCAAGCAUGAGUCAAAAUUCAAUGGGAAUGGGUUUUGGUAGUGGAAUUCCACAACCAAACUCAUCUGAUUCUUCAUCUUCUAAAAGAAACAAUGGGGUGAAGAUUCCUUGCACUGAGUUGUACAUUAGGUAUGUACAAUCAGAAGGGAAAGUUAAGAUUCAUGAUGGUGUUCCUGAUGAAGAUGAGGAAGAUGAAAUAGUGGAAGGUGUUAAGAGAAAGAAAAAGGGUAGUCUUAAAAAGUUGAAGAUUAAGGUAAAAAACCCUUCUUUAAGGAGGUUGAUUAGUGGUGCUUUUGCUGGUGCUAUUUCACGUACUGCUGUUGCACCUUUGGAAACUAUUAGGACUCAUUUGAUGGUUGGAAGUAGUGGUCAUUCUACUGGUGAGGUGUUUAAGAAUAUCAUGGAGUCUGAUGGAUGGAAAGGGUUGUUUAGGGGUAAUUUUGUUAAUGUCAUAAGGGUUGCACCUAGCAAGGCUAUUGAGCUAUUUGCUUAUGAUACAGUUAACAAGAACCUCUCAUCAAAGCCUGGUGAAAAGCCUAAAUUCCCAGUUCCUGCAUCAUUGAUCGCAGGUGCUUGUGCUGGAGUUAGUUCAACUAUUUGCACAUAUCCUCUAGAAUUACUCAAGACUAGAUUAACCAUCCAGAGAGAUGUUUAUAACGGUCUACUUGAUGCGUUUGUAAAAAUCGUUCGAGAAGAGGGUGCUUCAGAACUUUACAGAGGCCUUGCUCCUAGUCUCAUUGGAGUUAUUCCAUAUUCUGCCACCAAUUACUUUGCCUAUGACACUCUAAGGAAAGUGUACAAGAAUGUUUUUAAGCAAGAGAAGAUUGGAAACAUUGAGACCCUUUUGAUAGGAUCUGCGGCCGGUGCUAUUUCAAGCACUGCUACUUUCCCGCUUGAAGUGGCUCGCAAGCAAAUGCAAGUGGGAGCACUUAGUGGAAGAAUAGUUUACAAAAAUGUGAUUCAUGCACUUGCAUGCAUACUUGAGAAGGAAGGUGUCCAAGGUUUGUAUAGAGGAUUGGGACCAAGCUGCAUGAAGUUGGUUCCAGCUGCAGGAAUCUCUUUCAUGUGCUAUGAAGCAUGCAAGAGGAUAUUGGUAGAGGAAGAUGAUGAUGAUAAUGAGGAAUAGAUUGAGUAGAAUAACUGAGUGCUGAUUCUUCAGUUUUUUUUUUCUUCCAAAUUUUGUUAAAUUAAUUUUGGAAUUUUUUUAUCAUUAGAUUUUUUAUAAUUGGAUUUUUUUAGUCCACUGAUUACAAUAAGAUAUUGAAAUUGGUUUUU